AUGGCGACUCUCCCCCGCUGCCGGCUUUGUGGGUUCCUCGUCAUCUUCCUUUCCGUCCUCGGCGGCGCUCCGGCGACCGCCGUUCGCCUCCCUCUGACCCGGGUCGCCACCUCCACCGCCGCCGACCAGCGGGGAGAGCUCACGCGGCAGGCCGCCGUCUCCCUCCGUCGUGCUCGGCACCUCAAGGACCCCGAGCGGCGCCGCAGGUCUUCCUCCACCGGUCCUUCCCGCACGCCGCUCGCCUCUCACUCCUACGGCGGCUACUCGCUGACCCUCGGAAUCGGCACGCCGCCGCAACGGAUACCACUCGUCCUCGACACCGGCAGCGACCUAGUCUGGGUUCCCUGCACACGUUCCUACCUCUGCAGCGACUGCCCGGGCGGCGCCGCCGCCGCCCGAGGGCCCGUCUUCUUCCCCAGGUCCUCCUCCUCCGUCAAGCUCAUCGGCUGCCGGAAUCCCAAGUGCAGCUGGAUCCACCCGCCGGACUUUCUCUCCCGAUGCCGAUAUUGCCCAGUCAACGGCAGCCAGCCCGACUGCUCCCCGGCCUGCCCGCCCUACACCGUCCUCUACGGCUCCGGCUCCACCGGAGGGCUUCUCCUCUCAGAGUCCCUACAGAUCGCCGCCGGCGACUCCGCCGUCGCCAAUGUCGCCGUCGGCUGCUCUCUCUUUUCCAGCCGUCAGCCCCCUGCCGGUAUUGCCGGCUUCGGCAGGGGCCCAGCUUCUCUACCGUCGCAGCUGGGUCUCAGACGCUUCUCGUACUGCCUCGUCUCCCGCCGCUACGACGACAGCGCCGGUGAGCACGGGACUGCGGAGCUCGGCGGCGCUCCGGCGUCCUCCAUAGAUGGCCUCUCCUUCACUCCCUUGCUGCAGAAUCCCUCCCUCGGUUCGCCCUUCUCGGGCUACUACUACCUCUGUCUCCGCAGGAUCACCGUCGACGGCAAGAAGGUGAAGAUACCUCACGCGGCGCUCGUCCCCCUCCCCGCCGGCGACGGCGGCACCAUCAUAGAUUCCGGCACGACCUUCACCUACAUGGAGGAGAGGAUCUUCGAGCCAGUGGCACGAGCCAUCGAGAGAAGGGUCGCCGGCCGAUACAACCGAUCUGCCGCUGCCGAGGAGUUGACGGGGCUACGACCGUGCUUCUCUCCGGCGGCGGAGGGCGACGACUUGAGUCUCCCGGAGCUUGCUUUCCACUUCAAAGGCGGCGCAGCGAUGAGGCUGCCGGUGGGCAACUACUUCGCCGUCGCCGGCAGCUCGGGGGCCGCUGUGUGCCUGACCGUUGUGACGGACGCCGGCGAGGCGGCGGGCGGCGGCCCGUCCAUUAUACUGGGGAGCUUCCAGCAGCAGAAUUACUACAUGGUCUUCGACUUGGAUCAGGAGAGGAUUGGUUUCCGGCGGCAGUCCUGUCUGGAGAGCCGUUGA